UUCCACUCCGUGGCCGCAGCCGAGGAGCGAGCUUCGGCGCGCGUCUCCAGUGGUUGCGCGCCCUUUCCCUCCAGCCGAAGCGAAGCGACGCGUUCGCUUGCCAGCGCGCGCCGAAGCUUUCGGCGCGUGCCAGUGGUUGGGGCAUAAGCCUUCGGCGGGGUCGUCUGCUGCGACCAUUGCACACGUGCGAUACGAGUGAAUGACGCGAGAUAUAGUCAAAGUCCCGAGCAGAAGCCCACCAUGUGACAUCGAGAUACGCAGGCGUCCCAUCAGCGAGCAUCAAGAUUCCGUCAGAGACAUCACCUUAGGCACGCUGGCUCAAAACAAAGAUCCUUCGGUGGCGGAUGGCCAUGCAAGCGGGGACGGCCACCACAACAACAAAGACCGCGUCGGUGGUGUGCGAGAAGAGUGGCGUAGCAUUGCGCUCCUGCUGUUCCUGUACUUGCUUCAGGGCAUACCACUGGGCCUUAGUUCAGCUGUGCCCCUUUUGCUUCAAAACAGGCGCAUCAGCUACAAGGAGCAAGCCCUGUUCAGCUUUGUCACAUGGCCCUUCAGCGUGAAGCUCCUAUGGGCACCCAUCGUAGACUCUCUGUACUCGAGCCGCUUCGGCCGACGCAAGUCUUGGCUGGUGCCCACCCAGUACGCCAUUGGCCUGUCCUUCUUCUGGCUGUCGUCGCACGUGCGGUCCCUGCUGGGCGACGAGGAAGGCGGCAGCACGACGCAGCCCAGCGUCCUCUUGCUGACGCUCAUAUUCAUGUCGCUAAACUUCCUUGCGGCUACUCAGGACAUUGCCGUCGAUGGCUGGGCCCUCACAAUGCUCUCACGGAGACACGUAGGCUAUGCCUCCACAUGCAAUUCUGUGGGGCAAACUGCCGGAUACAUCUUGGGCAACGUGGUCUUACUAGCUCUCGAGUCUGCAGACUUCUGCAACCGCUACCUGAGAUCCGUACCUCAUAAGGAUGGUAUCGUCACCCUUGAUGGAUUCCUGUAUUUUUCGGGCAUCCUGUUCAUGGUGACAACCACUCUGGUGGCCCUGCUGAAACACGAACAAGAUGCAUCUAACCCAGAUGAGGAUGGCCACCCUGAUCUGGGUAUCGCUCAGACAUACAAGAUGGCACUGCGCAUCUUUCAGCUCCCCAGUGUCCGCACACAGUGCAUUUUUCUGUUAACGUGCCAGGUGGGCUUUGCUGCAGCUGACAAUGUGACGGGGCUGAAGCUCCUACAGGCUGGCUUGCGCCGGGAAAAUUUGGCCCUGCUGGCAAUCCCCAUGGUGCCCGUGCAGAUUAUGCUGCCGUUCAUGAUAAGCAAGCAUACUGGCGGUCACAGACCCCUAAACGUCUUUUUCAAGGCCUACCCUUACAGGUUGCUCCUUGGACUGAUGUUCAUGGUUCUCCUCCACUGGACAUAUAUCAAAAAUACAGAUGGAACCUUCCCCAUCUACUACUACACAGUCAUUGUGGUUGUCUAUGUAGUGCACCAGGUGACUGUAUACAGCUGUUGCGUGUCCCUGGUGGCAUUCCAUGCAAGGGUGAGCGACCCUGCCAUUGGGGGAACUUACAUGACUCUCCUCAACACCAUCGCCAACCUGGGCUCCAAUUGGCCUGCAACACUCUCACUGUGGAUGGUGGACAGUCUUACUUUCACCCAAUGUGUUGGUGCCACUAAGGGAUGGCUACGCUGUUCAUCCAUAGAAGAUCAUGAUGCAUGUAGCAGUCAAAGAGGCACCUGCGAGACUAUGUUAGAUGGCUACAACAUUGAGAUGGUACUCUGCAUCAUGCUCGGUUUCCUGUGGCUCUUGUAUGCACGGCAGAAGGCACACUGGUUGCAGUCGCUGCCGCAGUCUGCGUGGAAGUGCAAGUGAUCAUGCUGCAGCACACCCAAAACUUGACACACGUGCUUGAAAGAAUCUUCAAUUGCUGGAUCAGUUUGAUGACAGAUAUUUAUUGAAAACAAUAAUAAAAAAAUUUAUUCACAUGCAUGUCGCAGCUUUCUUCAGUUUUGCUUGAACAAUGUGUCUCACUGAAGACAGUAGCUUCACACAUGGCUUGUUACAUUAUGCGUCUGUAAAAAUGGUGUCUCGGUGGAGCAAGAUGUAAUUAAGACUAUGGCCCUGAAAAUUUGCCGAUAGAAUAUGGUGCUGCACAAGAGACUAGUUCCCGCAGUUCCAUCACAGCCGUCACAGCACGCAAACAUAACCUUGAUGUGGCAAGGUUAACUAUAUGUACACAAAUGGGCUUUCACAUACACGCAAAUACAUAGCACCCUGUACCAAGCCACAGCCAAGGAUAUACAUUACUAUUUAAAUAGACAAUACCAUAAGUUAAAAAUUCACAAACUGCACAUUUUUUUUUUUCACACCGAAGCAUCCUAAUCCCUGUAAAGCUCUUCGCACACUGCACACAACUUGUCUCACACGACAUAAUGAGCUUGCCAAAUGUUGCAUGGUUGCACAAUAUACAAAAUGAAAAGAACCAGGUCGUCCUGGAAUCCAAAGUGAACAGACGGGCAUUUAGAACCUGCAGCUUUGGCUUAACAUGGCCACAGACAUUACGAAGUGCAUUGAAAAAACUUCACUGGAGCCGCGAAAAAAUGACAAAUUGCAUCCUACGCAAACCAUCUAGCUUAAGUUGAAUUAUGCCUUAAAAAGCGCACAUAUGUGAGAAAACAUACAAAAGCAAAAAGUCAAAAUGCAUUGGCAGUUCUUUGUAACGUAAACGAAAUAUAAAAGUGCACGAAACAAAAACAACAUGGUUACACUUGCAGCAUCACUUUUACGCUAUGUCUUAGAAAUUGUAAGGUGUUUGAACAACCAUUCUGGAGCAUGAUUUAUAUCAUAUCUUUACACAAUAUAUAUCUGACACACGGUUAAUAAGACCGAUGUGAAUUCCAAGCAGAGUUGCCAAGGUACGUGAAAAAAGAAGCAAUGACAAACCACCCAGGUAUGUGCAUUCAAUUAGUGGCAGUUAAACAGCUAGGUCACUUAAACUGGACCCGAUGUCAGAGUGGCAGUGAAGACAUGAAAUGCACUUAUACUAUGUAAAGCUAUCAAACAGCAAGUACAAAUCUAUACAUCUGCCAUCAUUUUACUGACAUUUCUGUGUAAAUGGACAGCAGAAAAAAUCAUACCCUAGUUGAUUUUACUUAUGCUAAUAGUAACAAAUGAAUUUCAUUAAAGUGCAGAAUAUAUAACUUGCAGUACAACACAUUUGUCAUUUCGCUCUUGAUUUCAAUUGUAUUCAUCACAAGUGUCUGGCAAA